AUGGCCUUUCAGCAUUUUGGAAAGGGAACGCUUCGGGUGGUUAAGAACUACACCCAUGGAUACUCACACACGCAGACAAAGGUCAGAGAUGUGACAUCGAACGACCCGUGGCCGCCCUCUGGCAGGGCCAUGCACGAAAUUGCUCAGUUGACGUAUAACCCUGUCGAUUUUGUUGAGAUCAUGGAGGUGAUGGACAAGCGGCUGAAUGACAAGGGCAAGUACUGGCGACACGUCUUCAAGUCUCUCGUGCUUCUCGACUAUCUACUGCACUCCGGGUCGGAAAACGUGAUCAUGUACUUCCGCAACAACCUAUACGUAAUCAAGACCCUGCGGGAGUUCCAGUACGUGGACGAGGACGACAAGGACCAAGGCCAGAACGUGCGGCAGAAGGCGAAGGACAUCACGAACCUGCUGAUGGACGACAAGCUGAUGCAGCAGGAGCGGCGAAAUCGAGCGCAGAUGUACCAGCGCAUGCGUGGUCGGCGUUCGGCUGAUGAUGAUGACGACUGGGAUGACCGAAGCAACAGCAGGAGCCGGAGCCUGACGCCUGUGGCUGGCCAUAGGCACAAGGAAGACGAGGAUUUACACAGGGCGCUUGAGGAGAGCAAGCGGAGCGUUGCACAGGAGCGCGCGACCGCGGAGGAGAAGGACAUACAACGGGCCAUCAAGCUGAGCCAGGCGGAAGAAGAGCGCAUGGCGAAGGCGCUCGCGGGCGCGAACUCUGCAGCGUUGUUUGACGUGCAGAACCAGUUGCCUCCUACUGUCGAAGGGCAGCUGAUCGAUGCGUCGCUGCCAUUGCAGUAUACGUCCAACGUUCAACCUCAGUAUACGGCCUUUCAACCGCAGAUGACGUCCUUGCAGCCUCAAUAUACGUCGUUGCAGCCCCAGUUCACCUCCGUGCAGCCUCAGUUUACCGCGAUGCAGCCUCAAUUUACUUCAAUACAGCCACAAUUUUCGUCGUUCAACCCGUGGCAACAACAGGCCCAGGAGGAAGCGAUGCAAGUUGAGUGGAUCCUUCAACAGCAGGCCCAGGCCCAGCAAGAAGAGUGGUUACGUCAACAGCAAUUACUCCAACAGCAGCAGCAGCCGUUGGUGGCCCAACCAACUGCUAUUGGAUCGAACAAUCCAUUUGCUCACGGCCCGUCGGCAUCCGCCCCCCCUCUCCAACCACAGCAGACGAGCAGUCCCAUGUCUUUCAAUCUUCAAGGUACAUAUGUCAACCGGGAGACGGCUGCCAGCGCCCCCCCUGCACCUUCACAGCCUCAGUCGACCGGUCAGCGUAUGCGGGCCGAUCAGACCCAUGCGAACCUGGCAGACCUGUUCGCUGCUCGUGGCGACGACGGUUCGGAUACUUUCGGCAACGCCGGAAUGCUCCGGUUCGGAUACACUCAGGCUGGGCGUCUCGCGGCUCAACGAACGGGUCCUGCCAGCCACAACCCCUUCUCGCUGGACCAUCUGUCAUCUCAGAAACCAUUAACCCAAACCUAA